AUGGUGUCAAGCUCCCAGUCCUCCCCCUUCUCGCUCAAGCACCUUCUGGUGACUGCCCUCGUCGCGUUCGCCGUCACCAGCACCGAGGCGGCGGGGGCCAAGAACGCCACUGCGGGGGCCGACAACCACGCCACCUUCGGCAAGAUCACGUCGGGCAACAACAAGUGCAUCACCGGUGACCCGACCUCGGGCGUGACCCGCAAGGACGUGGACUGGGUCUGGGAGAACACCAUGUCCAAGCACGUGCCCGACUUCAAGAACCUUCUUCCAGAUAUACAGUCUAUGCCACGCACAGAACACGAAUGCCACGCACAGAACACACCAAUUUAG